AGGCUCAAGUGCAUCCCUCGAGUCAAAGUCAAUGCUGGAAAGCUUAGGCAUCAAGCCAGGCUCGCCAGACGCCUCGAGCGAGAGGAACGACCCGCAAAAGGAGCGCGAGAAGACUGCAGACAUACUUGCGAACAACGUCUCGGAUAUGGACCUUGGCAGUUCGCACGCAGUCCAGCCCAAGGAACUGGAGAAGACUGACGGCAUCGAUAUCAUUUCAGUGAAGAUUGCAGAUCUCGGCAACGCAUGCUGGGUCGGCCAUCACUUUACGAACGACAUUCAGACACGACAGUACCGCUCACCGGAAGUGAUUUUGGGUGCUAAAUGGGGUGCAAGCACCGACGUCUGGAGUAUGGCGUGCAUGGUCUUUGAACUGAUCACAGGCGACUACCUCUUCGACCCUCAAUCCGGCACCAAGUAUGGCAAGGACGAUGACCACAUUGCCCAGAUCAUCGAACUCCUCGGCACCUUCCCUAAGUCUCUCUGCAUCUCCGGCAAGUGGUCGCAAGAGAUCUUUAACCGCAAAGGCGAGCUGCGCAACAUCCACCGACUUCGCCACUGGGCGCUACCCGACGUGCUCCGGGAGAAGUACCACUUCAGUGUCGAGGAGUCGAAGCGGAUUGCUGACUUCUUACUACCCAUGCUGGAACUCUUACCGGCCGAACGGGCCAAUGCCGGCGGCAUGUCGAACCAUGCAUUCAUGGACGGCACGAAGGGGAUGGAGGGCGUUACGCUCCCGGUGGAGGUGGGCAGCAAGGGUGACGGGAUCGAAGGAUGGGCGACGGAAAUCAAGAAGGUACGGUAGCGGUGAGCGUUGGAGCAGAUUUGAGCAUGGCGCAACAGGACCAACAGACGGUGCGAAGACUUGCUGCCGUCAAGACUUGGCCCAUGAAUGAAAGCAAUGACGAAGUGUUCAUAUGCUCCUUAGUCACUCCUUCAAGGCGCAUUUGCUUGCUUGCUCGCAUAGUGCAAGUAAGCUGCCUAUAAACUUGACGAAUACAGCACGAUGAAUCGGCGUUGCACUCAGCUUUGUGGUGGUCGUGUAUUUGUGCGCCGGUGAGGGAAUGGCGUUGUAUGGGGGCUAUGUAGAGCUUCUUGGAUUGGUUAUGCAGCACGAAGGCUACACCAGCAUGCUAUUGUAUUGCUUUCACUCAUUCUUGUAAGGCAUCGCCAUGUCGACCUG